UUUUUUGGCAUAUCAUGUGCAUGGCUCCUAAUGUGUGUACAUGGACUUGUUUUCCACCUCAGGCCACCCCUUCAUUAAGACUGUGGGUUGUGUGGCUGGGGACGAGGAGACCUAUGAGGUGUUCAAGGAGCUGCUGGACCCUGUUAUUCAGGACCGACAUGGAGGAUACAAACCCACAGACAAACACAAGACCAACCUCAAUCCCAAUAACCUCAAGGGCGGUGAUGAUCUGGAUGCCAACUACGUGUUGAGCUGUCGCGUCAGAACAGGCAGGAGUAUCCGCGGAUUAGGCCUGCCGCCCCACUGCAGUCGUGGGGAGCGAAGAGCUGUUGAGAAGCUCUCAGUGGAAGCUCUGGGUGCCCUGACUGGGGAUCUCAAAGGAAAAUAUUACGCCCUGAAAAACAUGACAGAGGCUGAGCAGCAGCAGCUCAUCGAUGACCAUUUCCUGUUUGACAAGCCUGUGUCUCCCCUGCUGCUGGCCUCAGGGAUGGCUCGUGAUUGGCCUGACGCCAGGGGCAUCUGGCACAAUGAUAACAAGACAUUCCUUGUGUGGGUGAAUGAGGAGGACCACCUGCGUGUCAUCUCCAUGCAGAAAGGUGGCAACAUGAAGGAGGUCUUCAACCGUUUCUGCACCGGUCUCUCUAAGAUUGAGGAGUUGUUCAAAAACAAGGGACAAGAGUUCAUGUGGAACGAGCAUCUUGGCUACGUCCUCACCUGCCCAUCCAACCUCGGCACAGGCCUGCGUGCAGGAGUGCACGUCAAACUGCCUAAUCUCAGCAAAUACCGCCAGUUUGAGGAGAUCCUCAAGAGACUGAGGCUGCAGAAACGUGGAACAGGUGGUGUAGACACUGCGGCUGUGGGUGGUGUUUUUGACAUCUCCAACGCUGACCGCCUGGGCUUCUCUGAGGUGGAGCUGGUGCAGAUGCUGGUGGAUGGUCUCAAACUGCUGAUAGAGAUGGAGAAACGGCUAGAGAAAGGCCAGGCCAUUGAGGACCUCAUGCCUGCCCAAAAGUAG